GGGUCUGUCUUAGCCUCUUCAUCGGACUCAAGUCGACGUGCAUCACAGUUCGAAAUGAAAGUUGUCUUACUGGGGCUGUUGUUAGCAACAGUCUUUGCAAUCGCUGUCGGAGAGCUCGUGCAAUCGACCAAGGAUGAGAGCGUUUGGUGGUAUGCACCUUCACGGAAAGCACCCCUUUACGAGCACAAGUACCAAGGACUGCGUGAGCGAUUAGUGAGAGCUGCAGCUACUCAAACGGUAAACAUGCGCCUGCCCAGGGAGGUGUUGCCAUCGUCGUACACUAUCCGAUUGCUGCCGUUUAUUGAAGAGGGUAAUUUCACCACGGAUGGUUAUAUCGAAAUAUUAGUUGAUUGCAAAGUUGCUACCACGAAUAUAUCGAUGAAUGCCGCUGAACUCGACAUUAAGAAAGAAUCGAUACAGGUCGUCGACAUUGCAGACAGCAAACAGUGGGAUGUCGAGAAGUUCUAUGACGAACAAGACCCAAGAGAAAUUAUCACCAUCAACUUGAAAACCCCAUUGGUUGUCGGGAAAACUUACAAGAUAUCGAUGAAAUUUAUUUCAUACUUGAAUGAAGAUUUGCGCGGCUUUUAUAGGUCCACAUACGUCGAAAACAACGUUAAUAAGUAUUUGGCAGUGUCACAAAUGGAAGCCCCCGAUGCCCGCCGUGCUUUUCCUUGUUUCGACGAGCCAAAUAUGAAAGCCACCUUCACGAUUACCGUCGGUCGCAAGACGACUAUGUCAGCCAUUAGUAACAUGCCUCUAAAAUCCGAUGAACCCAUUCCAAACAUGCCAGGCUAUGUGUGGAACCAUUUCGAACCGUCCGUCAAAAUGUCGUCUUAUCUCGUUGCUAUGAUGGUCUCCGAAUUCGUUAGUGAACUUUCUAAUCCUUCACUAAGUCCUGGUGUCCAAUUCAAGAUCUGGGCCCGGCCAAGUUUCCGCAAUCAAACAAAAUACUCGGCAGAUAUUGGUCCGAGGAUUCUCAACGAUUACGUUACAAAAUAUUUCAAUAUUCCAUUCCCUUUGCCAAAGGUGGAUAUGGCAGCUAUUCCCGAUUUUGCCGCUGGUGCCAUGGAGAACUGGGGACUUAUCACUUAUAGGGAAACGGAUUUGCUGUACGAUGAAAAACGGUCUUCGGCAAGUGCUAAGCAAAGGGUAGCCAUUAUUAUUGCGCACGAGUUAGCUCAUCAGUGGUUUGGAAAUUUAGUCACAAUGGAUUGGUGGAAUGUUAUCUGGUUGAACGAAGGAUUUGCUAGUUACAUGGAAUACCCUGGCACUGAUUACGUGGAGCCUGGGUUUGAAAUGAAUGAACAGUUUACCGUAACUGAUUUGCAUUACGUGUUUGGCAUUGAUGCACUCGAAACGUCGCGGCCCAUUGAUUUCGAAGUCAACACACCUAGUCAAAUUAAUCAAAUGUUUGACGCCAUUUCUUACGAGAAAGGCAGUUGCAUCAUCCGCAUGUGCGCAGAUUUUUUGGGAGAACCAGUCUUUCGGCGUGGUGUGACCAGUUACCUCAAUAAAAACGCUUACGGAAAUACGGUCCAAAAAGAUCUGUGGGAUGCGCUAAAUACCCAGGCGAUUACUGAAAACGUCCAACUUCCAGCCCCCGUCGAAACAAUUAUGGAAACAUGGACAAGGCAGAUGGGUUACCCUGUUAUUAAUAUCUCUAGGCUGUACGACUCGACAAACAGCGCCGUAGCUUCGCAGCAAAGAUUCUUGCUAAGGAAAAACGAGAAUUCAACUGACAACAACGACUAUAGCUGGUGGGUGCCGCUUACGUACACCAGCAAUUUCGUUGACAUCCGCAAACAUUGGAUGCCCAGUGGCAGCGGUGUCAACGUGAUCCAAUCGCUUCCAGGCUCGUCGGCCAACUGGGUCAUUUUCAACGUCGGCCAAGAAGGUUACUAUCGUGUGAUUUAUGACGAGCGAAAUAUCGAAAUGAUCCGAAAUCAACUGAUGACUAACCAUGCAGCCAUUUCGAAAAAGAAUCGAGCUCAGAUUUUAGACGAUUAUUUGAACAUGGCUCGCUCAAACCUUACGACCUACGUGACCGCCAUGGAACUGACCCGCUACUUGUCACACGAACGAGACUACGCACCGUGGACAGCUGCCUCUGUAGCUCUCGAUUACAUUGAUAUUAUGCUCUAUGGAUAUCCAGAUGAACGAGAAUGGAAGAACUACAUGACCGUCUUGGUGACAGCCUUGUACGAUUACGUCAAAUAUGAAGCAAGCAAUAGUGACGCACAUCUAACCGUAUUUACACGUUCGCAAGCUGUCAGCUGGGCCUGUGGCAGACUGAACAUAAGUAACUGUAUUACCAAAGCAAACAGAGACUACCACGCCUGGAUGGCGGACGCCACCAAAGAAUUACAGCCCAAUUUACGUCGGCUGAUUUCUUGCACGGCCAUCGCUCAGGGAGGUAGACCCGAAUGGCAAUUCGGCUUCAACAGAUACUUGGACUCGACUUUGGCCAACGAGAAGACGGAAUUGUUGAGAUCAAUAACAUGCAGCCAAGACAUUGGCAUCCUCAACGAAAUGCUCGAAAUGAUGAUCACGUCAACGUCUGGCAUCAGGCUUCAAGACGCCAAUACUCUUUUCAGCAACAUUGCAGCCAAUCCAGUUGGACAUGGUGUAGCACUCGAUUUCCUGACUAACCGCUGGGACGACAUUGUUGCUUAUUUCGGCAGUUACGAAGGCUUCGGUGGAGAUGCUAUAACAAGGUUAUUCCGUGCGCUAUGCAACCGAGUCAAUACCGACGAGAAACUCGAUAAGUUGAUCAAAUUGUCGACCGAUCACCCGACUUCGUUUAAUUCUGCAUCAGCCAGACAAGGAAUCGAAUUGGCACGAACGAAUGUUAAGUGGGUUCAGAAACAUUACGACACCAUCGUCAAUUGGCUUAAGAGUCAAAACCCAGCGCCAGAAGAGACGACAGCAAGUUCAGGUACCAGCCCGACUACGCAAUCGACAGUGGCCACCACCCCGUCUUCAGCUACCAGUACAUUCGUUAAUCAUUUCGUCAUUUUGAUGGCAGCAAUUGCGACAUUCACCGGAUUCUAGUCUAUGCAGCUUGUUUAUGUUUUACCUGUAAAAGUAUUAGCUUCCAUUUUUCUUUAGUCGAUCAGUCCUCCAUAUGCGUGGUUGUGAAUGAAGCAAGCGAGCUUUAGCUACGAUAUCACGUUUGCAAUUGCCUAGUUGCGUUUGUGGUUCCACAGACGUCGUGCUUCAUGAUACGAAUGUUAUAAAAUACAUUACUC